AUGAGAAUCCUGGCCCACGCGUCUUCACUGUUUGCCUUGGUGACUACAGCUCUUGCAAACACGGAGAAAACCAUCUUCAUAGCACCUUCCGCCAUCACCCUACCUGAGUCUGGAGCGAGCCUGGACGCUCUUCAGCUUCAGAUCAUAUCUCCAUCCUACACUAAGCUCCGUACGGCACUGCCUGUCAAAUUCCCGUCAUCUGAAUACCCACAAGCGCAUGAGUCCUGGUAUCUUCUGCAAGGCUUGAAAGCGGGACAACGCCACGAAGUCCGUGUAUGCUGGGCUGCUAUUCAACCAACAGAGUUCUGGCUCGACGUGCACAACAUCACACAUGCGUUCGAUGCUCCGCAUCUCAUCCAAAGCUUAGCGACCUUUGCUGAGCAACAACCGAGUCCAUCGCAAGCAGCAGUCAAGCUGGACUCAUCUGCUGGGACCUUUCUGCUGCUGCAUGUGAGAGCGGCAGCCGACUACUUCACGACGAACAAGACCUUGAUGCUGCAUCCCGAGCCUGUCGACGUCGACAUCAUUCUCGACCCAUUUCUGCUCAACGUAUUCCCGGCGUCACUGGUACCAACCGCAGUCUACCUGCUCGCAUUAGCCAUCGGAAGUUGGUACUUAUCCGGCUGGAUCUGGACAUUCCUGCAGCCUUACAGCGGGUCGAAAGGUCACCAAGACUGA